AUGGCGUCAGUUCGCUCUCUAGGCGUCCACGAACCCUCCGCCAUUCCAUUCCUAGUCGCAGAGGGAAUUCUUCCUCCUGAGCCCUCAGAAGAUCAUUACAACUGGACAAUAUGCGUUGACGACAGUGGAUUGACCGGCCCGGUGGACGAUGAGCUGGUAUGGACGAAACACUGUGUUGUAUGGUUUCGCGCAGGGAUGGUGAAGCGAGUCUUUCGAAUGGACCCCGAGAAAGAAGAGAUUCGACAUGCUCUGUUUACUCGGUUCGCGGCAGGUGACAUCAAACGCAAGAAUACGGGACCAGUUCGACCAGAAAGACCGACCGGUACUCAAAACCAGAGGAGUGAGACCUUCUCGACAUUGGAUUUACAUGGAGAUGCCCGAGUGGCUGUUGUAGCUCCCCAGCAGUCCAGCGAGAUUCUCUCCAGAGCUUUGGUGGUUGUUCUGAAAUCCCAGGCUCAUAUCUUCUUUGUGGCAGGCAAUAGCCAUACAGUCCCUCUUCCAUUUGAAGUGGAAUCUGUCUUUGCUACGCCCCGAGGUCUUAUUUUCCAGAGGAAGGUCCAGGACGACAAUGGAGGAAGUCAGCAGCCAAAUGUGCCACCAAACUCAUUCUUGUCUGCUUCGUUGUUUGACCCCGGUGCCUCUCAGUCAUUUUCACACAGCAGGAACAAGCGCCCAUCGACCAAAGCGUCAUCUACCGCCGGUCCUUCCUGGGCGCCAAAGGCCAAUUCAACCGCCGGCUUACCCCGAGUGUUUUCUCUUAUUGACCCUCAUUCAGAGAUGGGCUUGGUUGUAACAUCGCAACCUUCCCGAUGGCUUCAGAGCAGCGUUAAUAGCGCCAGAAGAAGGCCGUCUGGGCUAGAAGUACUGGACCCUGUGGAUGAAAUAGUAUACAUCUCUCCAAGAGAUGAACUUUUGGGCACCAGCAGACUAAAUAGUGCCCCAUUGAUUCUGGUGGUUACCGUCAACACAACCACAGGGAUCUAUACGAUCUGGACUGCGCGUUACAAGGAUGAUGAAUCAGGCCGCUUGAUGAAAGAUAAGACCAGACGGGAGACAGGAGGCACCCGAUCAGUAAGGCGGAGUUCCCACUUCGGGAUGGCAACUGGCGCAACAACGCCGGCUGCUCGCUCUGGACCCAGAGACAGCUUUGGGCCGUGGUCCGACAGCAGGCCUUCCACCCAGCCAACUGAGGGCAAGACAGAUCAAGAUGACUUGGCCUCGAGAGUAGCUCAGGACUUUGGUGAUGUUGGCUUGCCUCUCAAAGCGUCGAGGCGAGUCAGUUCAUUGCUGGCCCGGACAGACCUUGCAAUUAGCCAGGACCGCAUCACAUUCUCCGACCUGGCCACUGGCAGUCAAUCUAGCACCAUACCACAUGGUGCUUCAUUUAGGCAGUCUGUAGGAGCAGCAAGUGCACGUGGAAGCUUCGGAUUCAACCCCCGAGGGUCCCUGCCUCCAGGCACGGGGUCUGUUUACAGCAACGCAGGCAGCUUUUUGGAUCCUCCGGUGGACAGGCUACUCGAGGAGCUCAGCACUGACAGUCUAGCUCCCGGUUUCGACAACCUUGCCCUGCGCGACUCGGCUUCCGGACUCCCAGAAGAACUUCUAUUGACCAAAGUUGAAAGCUUCUCGUCUCAAUUCUCCGGCAGUUUCGAGAAAGAGCCAGCGUCCCGCGGAGUGAAGAUCUCUACAUUAGCUUCCACCGACUUUGGCAGCGCGCAAAAGGGCAGGACAGCUUCGUUGGCUGUAUACAUCCUGGAUCAAGAGUCACAGAAACUCACCAUUGUGAAUCUGAGAGCCGACCGAGAAACGCUCUCCAAAGGCCAGAAGGAAAAGACGAAGCACGCUGAACAGCGUUCAUUACUUGUUCGUGCGGUUAGAAUCCAAACUGUGUCAAACGUUUUGGAUGCUUGCAAGAUCUCAGACGGUGAGAUUUCACGAAUUCUCUCACUCAGUGAAACAGGAAACGGACUCGAGCUAUCAUUACAAACCCUAUGGGGAAGUCCGGUCAAAGUCGAGGUCCCUGUGCCACUGCAACUCUAUGAACCGGAUGCCAUAUCUGCCCACAAACUUGAAGCGCGCCCGAGAGAAAGUGGUGUCAAUCGGGUCAUGGCAGAUCCCGACCUUGUCUUCAAUAAGCUUGAUCAUGGCUGUUCUCGGGGUAAGAUUGACCUGGUUGACACGGAAAAAAAACGCCACAGACUUCAGAUCCGCAUGGAGCCUCGCAACGAAUUGGUGAAGAAAAUACUCAAAGUGUGCAAGUUUGCCCUUCGUGAUUCCGAGAAAGCAGGUGAUGGCAUCAUGGUCGCCUGGUGGGAGGUCAUCAAUUGGCUUCGAGGGAAGGAAGAAAAGGACCUUGAGUGGACUGCCAUGGUCGUUGUCUUGUUGAGUCUGGCAGUCCCGUUCGUCAACCUUCCGCAAACUCCGACCCCAAAACGAACGCGUCGCAAGAAGGGCCUUCUCCGAUCGAGUAGUGGAGGAUACUUAGACCUUGAAAGCUGGGAGACCAUGCUGGACUUGGAAUCUGGCUCAUCUGGUGUCGUAGCUCCAUGGAUGAUGGACAGUUCGUGGGGAUGGAUCGUCGAACAAGACGCCAUUGAGACUUCCACGGCAGGGGAUGCCCCUAAAGGUGGUAAUGCAAGUCGGUCGACAUAUCGCCAGAACUCAUAUCUUAUCCGAUGCAUCGCUCUCAGCCGGGAGUUCCUCCAAAGCCCCCAGGGCCUCAGGGCUGCUGGCAACGAUGGUUAUCUUCCUAUCUCUGAAGCGUUUUCCGAGAACACAAGGUGUACCUCAUUGUGCAGCGUUCUCGUGGCCUUGCAUCUCUUGCGGGAAGAACAGAAACUCUCCAUCUGCGACUCAGAGGAGUCUCAGAGGCCUUUGGGCUUGCUCGCUCCUCUUCUCGCACAGCUUGGUGGCUGGCUGGGGUGGGAGUCUUGGACUUGGACGGAGGAUUCCUAUUACGGCACCGAAAUGGCCAGCAUGGAACGCUGGCAGUUCGAGGAGAAUACCCGUAUCUCUGGGCUGAAGGUCCCCCAUGAACCUUUCCCGCCUCCAUCCAUCUUCGAAUUCCUCAUGAGUGCUGCUGCUCACCGCAGCCCUACGCCAUUCUUCUCUCUUCUCGACAUUGUGAAUGCAUCCGAGCGAACUCCCCGGAAAGGGCGAAUGUGGCGUGAGUGUUUCAGCAUCACACCAAGGACCUGUGCGUUGAAUGGCUUCUUCGCCGAGGUUCACAGUGUAUCGACACCUCUAGAGAAGAUCAAGCUUUUGCAACGAUGGGGAUUCACGAAAAGUGUGAUCGAUAGCUUCCCCGAAGGUGUCAGUGCACCGCUCUACGAAGCAGUGAUGCAGUGCCAGAUCGAAGCCUCCACGUCCUGGAAUGCAACGCUCCUAGAGCUGAUUGACAGAGAGGACCUUUACAUGUCGGUGAACCCCACUCAAACCAAUGGUUUGGUAGUACCAGCGAAGCCUGGCCACAAUGCCAUCCGUGAUUUCCAUCUAAUCAGCAGCUCGGCGUUGGAAAUCGAACCCAUUAACGCAUUCGAGGCUUCUGCAGAGGCUGACCGAUACUUGGUCACCAAGUUGAUCUUCCGAGAGGAUAAGCGAUUCUCCGAAGCGUUCAAACUACUCAACCAGUCUAAAGCGCCUGUUGCAGAGUGCAUCGCCGAGCCUGGCUGGAGUGACUCGGACCUCUUGGAAGCGCAGAAGGAAAUUGUUCAGCUUGUGACUGUUCGAACGUUGUCUACCCCUGCGGGCCGUGCAAUGCUCGCAUUCAGUGGUCGUAUCCCUCUGCUGACCGAAAAACUACCGAUCCCAUCAUUCUCCCUGCAGUGUGUUAUGAAGCCCGACAAUGUGACGGUCAGUGCGGACCGAUCUGCAUUCUCGGAGGAGAAGGUGUGCUGGGCCUUCUUCCACAACGGAGUGUCAACCGGUCUGGCAAUCUCCAGGGCUUCUAAGGGUAUCGACACCUCAUGGAUCUUGUUCAACAAACCACAGGACCUCACCAAUCGGCAUGCUGGAUUCUUGCUAGCUCUGGGUCUGAAUGGUCAUCUCAAAUCGUUGGCCAAGUGGGUGGCUUUCAAGUAUCUCACGCCAAAGCACACUAUGACAUCCAUUGGUCUUUUGCUUGGUCUCUCUGCAUCAUACCUGGGCACAAUGGAUACCCUCAUCACACGCCUGCUGUCGGUACAUGUUACCAGAAUGCUUCCACAUGGAGCAGCUGAGCUGAACCUGUCGCCGCUGACCCAGACUGCUGGAAUCAUGGGCAUUGGUUUGCUCUACUGUGACUCCCAGCAUCGUCGCAUGAGCGAGGUCAUGCUCUCAGAAAUCGAGAACAGAGAGCAGGACGACCAAGCUGCCACCGCUGUCGGAGAGGAACUCCGUGACGAAGGAUACCGUCUAGCGGCAGGGUUUGCCCUUGGUUUCAUUAACCUUGGCAAGGGCGAUGACUUGCGGGGCAUGCGCGACAUGCACAUCGUUGAGCGACUAUUGUCGAUAGCCGUGGGCACCAAGAACGUCGAAAUUGCCCAUGUACUCGACCGUGCCACGGCUGGCGCCACCAUUGCCCUCAUGAUCAUCUUCAUGAAGACCAACGACUCGGUGCUAGCCAAGAAAAUCGACGUCCCCGAUACUACAGUUCGCUUUGACUACGUACGGCCAGAUCUGUUCCUGUUGCGAACACUGGCACGACACCUGAUCAUGUGGGACAGUAUCAAGCCCACCGCUGAGUGGAUCAGCCAGAGUCUGCCCGAGGUCUAUCGGGGACGAUCACGGCUUACCGAUGUGCGUCGGUUGCGCAGCGAAGACAUGCCCUUCCUCAACAUCAUUGCAGGCCUCUGCUUUGCCCUUGGUCUACGCCAUGCAGGAUCAGGACAGACACAGGCACGAGAUCUCUUGCUGUUCUACCUCGACCAGCUGAUCCGCAUCUCACGGCUGCCGGUGCAUAGCUACGAUUCUAAACUCGCGCGCAACUCGGUUCGGAACUGCCAGGAUGUGGUGGCCCUUUCCGCCGCCGCAGUCAUGGCCGGCACGGGCGAUAUCGAUCUAUUCAGGCGGCUGCGCUCGCUCCAUGGCCGAAUCGACGCCGACACGCCUUAUGGCAGUCACAUGGCAGCACACAUGGCUAUUGGAGUACUCUUCCUCGGAGGAGGCAGCUACACACUUGGCACAUCCAACCGCGCUGUGGCCUCGCUCAUCUGCGCAUUCUAUCCCCUGUUCCCCACGACUGUCCUCGAUAACAAAUGCCACCUUCAAGCCUUCCGUCAUCUCUGGGUUCUCGCCGCUGAGCCAAGAUGCCUCGUGCCCCGUGAUCUUGACAGCCGCCGCCCAAUCUCCAUUCCUAUGACCGUAAUCUCUCACGACGAAACCACCCAGACGCUCGAUGCCCCUUGUCUCCUGCCAGAUCUGAGCAGCAUAGCCCGCAUUGAGAUUCGGGGACCAGACCACUGGCCCCUCGUUCUAGACUUCAGUCAGAACGACGUCCUGCGCGAGAAGUUCCAACGCGGCGAUCCCUCUAUCUACCUCCGCCGCAAAGCAACCUACAGCCCAACAGGCUCCUCAACCUCCGUCUUCGCCUCCACCCUGACCGGUCUCAGCGAAGCCCAAGACCUCAUCCCCGCCACCGCCGGACCCUUCUCAAAUUCCAGGGGCUGUCUUCCACCAUCAGCAUGGCCAACCCGCGCCGACCUACUCACCGGCAAGUCAUCCGCCGCAACAGAUCCAUCCCGAGAUCCCUGGGAUUGGGUCUUCCACCUCCCCACCCUCCAAGGCCUCGACGUCCGCGAACGCUCCCUCGUCCUCCCAUCUUCCUUCCCGAUGCGCUCCACCCGCAUCACCACCGAUCUUGUCUCCGUGCCGCCUUGGUUGUGUACCUCGGCCGUGGACGCGCGCCUUGCUCUAUCACAUACAGUGCGCAAUAUCGUGCAAUCGGCAAGAGGCCGAGGCGCUGACCCGGAUCAGAUUCGGGAUCGCAUCUGGCAGCUUCGUCUGCUGUUUGAUUGGUUGGAUAGGACUCAGGGUGAUGAUCGUGAUCAUCUUUCCGCUAGACUCCCGGCACAGCCGGGACUGUGGUUGCGGAGGGACUUUAUUGAGGAGGCUAAGUGGCAGGUCUGGGGUGUUCAGGUUGGAGAUUUGGAGGGACAAUACUACCUCCCGGGCCUCCUAACCCUACACCACUCCCUCACCAACCCCACACCAGACCCCUCCACCACGCGAUCAUCCCCCAGCGCAGCCACGGGAACAAAAUACCCCUUCGUCGCCUUCUACACCUCAUCCUUCCCAGCCUCAGGUCUCGCAAUCCUGAAAGCCCGCAACAUAAAAGCCCAAUUAGUCCCGAGCAUCCGACCCAACCUCUCACGCGCCUACACGCAAGACCCGCGCUUCGCGGAGACAUGGAACAAGCUCGUCGUUUUCGCGCAGACGCAGUACGAGCGCGUUAUCCUCCUUGACGGGGAUAUUCUGGUUAGACGCAAUAUGGAUGAGCUUAUGGAGAUUGAGCUGGAUGAGAAUAGGGUUUUUGCUGCGGCGCAUGUUUGUGCUUGUAAUCCUGCGGGCAAGGGGCAUUAUCCUGUUACUUGGAUCCCCCAAAACUGCGCUUACACAACCCAACACGCCAAUCCCAUAUCCGCGCAAACCACAGCACCCACCCCAGAUACGGGUGUCGGCAUGCUCAACAGCGGCGUAUUGGUCGUCCGUCCGUCAGAGAAGUUCUACGCCGAGAUCGAGGCCGGAUUAGCCGAUACAGCCCGGAUCGAGCAAUAUACAUUCCCAGACCAGGAACUACUUUCAGACGUCUUUAAGGGCAGGUGGGUGUCGCUGCCUUAUGUUUAUAAUGCGUUGAAGACGUUGCGGAUGAAGGGGGUGCAUGAUGCUAUUUGGCGGGAUGGUGAGGUGAAGGCUGUGCAUUAUAUUUUUGCUACGAAGCCGUGGCAUGAGAGUGUGAAAGAAGGGGAGGUGGAGGGGUUGGAUGAGACGGGGGUUUGGUGGUGGAGGGCUAAUUGGGAGAGGAUGGGGAGGGAGAGGGAUUUGGGGAUUUUGGAUGAGUUUUCUACUUAG